AUGAAUCGUGACUUUUCUUCACAACAGCAGCAGUCUCAGCAGGCCGCCUCUUCAGGCCCUACUUCUGCAUCUGCCGCCUCGACCUCCACAACCACCGUCGCAUCUCGAACGCUCAGCCGACGAAACCGCAGAAGAAGUCGCUCCCAGCGUGGUCUUGUCACGUCAUCCACAUUCAAUGCUCAACUACCUCAUCUCAACGCCGGUGUCCCUCCUAAUGCCAGUAGUUUACUGGUCCGCAACCCGAGACUCGCUCACAAGCUCCGCCAGAUGUCGCUGCCUUUGAGCCCGCUGGUGCAGCUCACAACUGGUGCCGUCCACCCCGACUUCCCUUCAACUGUCUUGCACUUUUGGCUCUUGACCAACGACCAGCUCGAAUCAUUAGCUAGCUUCUAUCACCAAGCCCGCCCCUCGCCCUGGUCGGGCCAGUACCCUUGCCCCGUCCGCUGGCGAUCAGACGCUCCCCUCGAGGAGAAGCGCCGCCGAAUGGGUCGAUUCAUCGGCCUUCGUGGAUGCGAACCUUCGUCUGGACCAGGCUCGCCCAGGUUUUCUGCAGCUCUUCUCGCCUCCAAGUCUGACGAAGAGCUCAUGCGCGAGAUUAGACUCGCCGCCAUGGCCAGCGAUGAAGAGGCCAUGCGUCGCAAGACAUUCCCUGGUCCUUUCCACAGGUGA